GCCUGCGGCGCCCCAGGACGGGAAGUAGGCGUGGCCGGCCCAGAGCAGCUCGUGGGGAGCAUUGCGGCAGCCUGGCAGGCCCCUUGAGUGACAGAUGUCUUCACAAGUAUACCCUGGGACAAGUUCUGUGAACGGUUCUCACCAGAGGAACUGAGCCCAUCUCUACCUCAUGUUUCUCAGGUUGGCCUGUGACUCUGCAUGGAGCCCAGGAUGGUCUUGAACUUCUGAUCCUCAUGGCCCUACUUUUCAAGUGCAGGAUCACAGAGUGAAAACUGGCUGGAGACCGUCUCACCUCAACAUAACUGCAAGUCCCCGGGAUGCACCGGGCAUGGCCUCUGGAGCCCUACAGAACAGCAGCCAGAUGGCCUGUGACAGUGAGAUCCCAGGCUUCCUGGACACCCUCCUCCAAGACUUCCCAGCCCCACUGAGCCCAGAGAGCCCUUUGCCAUGGAAGGUCCCAGGGAUAGUACUGAGCCAGGAAGAGGUGGAGGCUGAGCUGGCUGAGCUGGCAAUGGGCUUCCUGGGCAGCAGGAAUGCUCCCCCACCAUUUGCUGCAGCUAUGACCCACAAGGCAAUUUCCCAGCUACUACAAACAGACCUUUCUGAAUUCAAGAAGUUGCCUGAACAAGAGGAGGAGGAAGAGGAGGAAGAGAAAGCCCUUGUGACCUUGCUUGAUGCCAAAGGCCUGGCACGGAGCUUCUUUAACUGCCUUUGGGAAGUAUGUAGCCAGUGGCAGAAGCAGGUGCCAUUGACUACUCAGGCCCCUCAGCGGCAGUGGCUGGUCUCUAUCCAUGCCAUCCGGAACACACGGCGCAAGAUGGAGGAUCGACAUGUUUCUCUUCCUACUUUCAACCACCUCUUCGGCUUGUCUGACUCUGUGGACCGCGCCUACUUUGCUGUGUUUGAUGGUCAUGGAGGAGUGGAUGCUGCAAGGUAUGCCUCUGUCCACGUGCACGCCAAUGCUUCCCACCAGCCAGAGCUGCUCACAGACCCGGCAGCGGCCCUCAGAGAAGCCUUCCAGCGCACUGAUGAGAUGUUUCUCAGGAAAGCCAAGCGAGAGCGACUGCAGAGUGGCACCACAGGUGUGUGUGCACUCAUCACAGGAGCAACCCUGCAUGUUGCCUGGCUUGGAGACUCCCAGGUCAUUCUGGUACAACAGGGCCAGGUAGUGGAGCUGAUGGAGCCACACAAACCAGAGCGACAGGAUGAGAAAGAACGUAUUGAAGCACUGGGUGGCUUUGUUUCUCUCAUGGACUGCUGGAGAGUCAACGGGACCCUGGCAGUGUCUAGAGCCAUUGGGGAUGUCUUCCAGAAGCCCUAUGUGUCUGGUGAGGCAGAUUCAGCAUCCCGAGAGCUAACAGGCUCAGAAGACUACCUGUUGCUUGCCUGUGAUGGCUUCUUUGAUGUUGUCCCCCACCAAGAAGUCUCGGGUCUUGUCCACAGCCACCUGAUCAGGCAGAAGGGCAUCGGAUUGCAUGUUGCUGAGGAGCUAGUGGCUGUGGCCCGUGACCGGGGCUCCCAUGACAACAUUACAGUCAUGGUAGUCUUCCUUAAGGACCCCCGAGAGCUGCUGGAAGGUGGAGCCCAGGGAACAGGGGGUGCCCAAGCAGAUGUAGGAAGCCAGGACUUGCCCACUGGUAUCUCAGAACUUGAGACCAGUACCUCAACAAGAAGCUGAGUGGUCCAGGCCCCCAGCCCCACCCAACUCCUCCUGCCCCUGUGAUUCCCCCCUUCAAAGACCUUAGAUCCAGCAGGUGUAGUGGGCAGGGGUGCAUACCCUCACAGCAUCCCCUUAGCACCCCAGCCCUUCAUGAUGCCUGCCACAGUCUGUCUGCACAACUGCAGAACUGCAGUAGGCAGCUAGUGGGUCUCAGAAGGAAGCAUAGGAAAAUGACCUCACCAAAGAGAAGAUGGCUGAGGUGGUCCCAGCGGGAUGGGGCUGAGGACAGAAACCACGGGCACCUGGUGGCAUCCUAACCAAAAACACAGGUCAGGUCUUAGACCUUUACAGGGACCUUUCAGGCCCAUCCUGGGGUAAGGUCUGCAGCCAGGUAUCUGGCCUGGGCUUGUGGCUUCUCACUGUACCACAGCUGGGAGGAGCACCAGGGAACUGACCCACUGCCACUCUUAGCUGAGUUCUAAGAGGUCUUAUAGACCUCUUUCCCUUGAGCAUCCUAGAGAGGCGAAGUCAGACGUGUGUGUUGUUUGUAUACUUAGAGUUAUUGCAAGGAAAGGUCUAAUCCAGAAUCAGUAUUCAGGUUUUAUCAUGUUUUAUCAGUGCCAAGCUGACCCACAAGGUCAUGUAAUUUAAGCUAAGCUUAGCAUUUAUUUUAUUCCUGAAAACUUAAGUAUUUUACUUUUUUAUGUAUUCAUGAAGACAUUUGCAGUAUUACUGGGUUUUUUGUUUGUUUGUUUGUUUGUUUGUUUUGUUUGUUUUUUUUUCUAAAUCAGGAUGGAAACAAACUUUUCAGGUUGUGUUAAGCCACUUAAGUGCCUUAAUCAGCUCUGGCAUAGAUGAGGGCUGCUGGGGCCUUACAUGGAUCCUGAUGGAUGUGUUCAGGUUCCCAAGAAGGCAGCACUUGCUGUGGGGAGGUCCUUAUGUGCUUCUGGGAACCUCAGAACUUCCUUGAAGUGAUCAGCAGAGGCUGUGACUGUGGGCAUCCAGGGUGACAGUGGCCUCCUUGCCCACCCUUGAGGUCCGGCUGGAUCCCACCUAGGAAGAUCUUACUGCCUUUGGACUAGAAGUUUCAGAUCUUAGUAUAUUUGUCAUCACAUUGAGUCAUGAGGACAGUGCAUAGUUAAGGAACUUCGGCCAGCCCAGAAGUACACCUCCUUGGGCGCAAGCAGUCUGCCACCACGGUCACCACCUAUCUCCUGUGGCUGGUGUCCUUCCCUACUGGACUCUGUCCUCUCUACCUGAGCAACAUGAAAGAAUGCCACAUUCCUAGAGCAGUGGGUGGGAGGUGCAGCAGUGAUGCCUGGGUGCUUGGAGAGCUGUGGUGUAUAAAAUCAGGCAAGGAAGCCAGGCCGAGGGAAGGACACCCAGAGCAGAAGGACUAGGGAGGCCCCCGGGAGGCCCCAGUGUGAGUCAAGACUGCUCCAUGCAGACACCAGCAGGUCCAGAGGACAAUGGGUGGCUUAGCAGAGGCUCAGGGAGUGCAGAUUUGGAAGAAGCUUGCCUCUGAGGUCCCCAUAGAGAGGAUGAUAGUCCAUGGGUAGAGAACAGAGCCUCAGCAAGGUUUGCAGAGCUUUGCUCAGCACCCCUAAACCCUCUCUUGAAAGAAACAAGGGCACACAUGCUUUUGAUCCUGAGACAAGCACACUGCCCAGCAGUGUGGGGAGAGCAGAGCCACCUUUGGUUGGGCACACUACCUGAAUGCUUGGCCUUCACCCAUUCCCACAGCAGGAAUGGAGGAGUUGAGACCAUGUAGUUGAUUCCUUGGUCAAAGUCUCCUGAUAGGAAGCAUCCUAAACACUCAGAUAAUUGCCCACUAUAAGUGACUGGGUAUUGCUCAAUGUGAAGGCCCGGUGCCCUCAGCUCAGGAGUGUGGUUGUUGGUCCAGCCUGCCUGUAACAAUGACUUUGAUAGAGGGAGAUAUUGACUUUGGUUUUCUCCCCUUUUUGCUAAUCUUAUUCUGUUCAUUGCUGGUAAGAGUGGUAUUUAGGCCUACAGAGAUGUCCCUUGGUGGUCUGAUUCAUACUCACAUAUAAGGUUGUGCCAGAAGUCAAGGCCUCAGUGUAAAGGGAAGCCCCUUUCCAGGCUUCUCUGAGUGCCUCCCCUUCCCCUCAGUCCAUCUGCAGUGGUGAUAGCCAACCCCCUGCUGGGCAGUAGUCUAGAACCAACGUUAGGCGCUGCUCCAUCCUUACCUAGUGACCAAGAGAGAGCACAUUCUCCUGCUGUUGAGGGCUGGCCUUGUGCUAGCUCAUAGACACAGAGAAGGACUCUAUUGUCUUGACUGGAGCUGCCGAAUCUAGCCUACAAGAGGAUCCCCUGACCAGAGUCGUCAUCUUAAGUCCCAGCUUUGCCACCAUCUCAUUGCAUGAGCUGAACAAGUCACUGUACCUCUCUGGCCUCAGUUACCCUUUGGUAAGGCACGGAGAGGAUGCAUAGCAUUACCAGUCCUUCCAACCUGGAAUUUUAGGGGCUGCUCGAGGUGAGCAGCUGCCGGAGCAGAAGAGCCCAUCCUCCACCAGCAGUAGAGAGGGGUUAAGUAUUAUUAGUGUCUAUUCUUAAAAUGAAGUGGGCUGGGAAAGAGCUGAGUUACAGAUGCCAGUGUCUUGCAUGGAUACAAAAGCUAAAGUGGUCGGGCUGCCUCCCAGUGAAGCCAUAGGCGUAGGAGGUGGGAGGGCACAGGCAGGCUUGAAGGUGUUUAGUCAGGAACCAGGAUAGGAAGUGCUAUGUCUUAAGGGGUGUGGAAGCAAGGCAUCUGCAGUAUAGCUUUAGGAGUCUCAGGACUUGUGAUAGGAGAGGCAGAGGUACCUGGAGGUCUUGGGGAAGACCCGGCACUCACCGGGAUCUGUCGCCCCUGCCCUCUUGGGUCCUGCAUGCAGUCCCCCCACCCAUGGUAGGUUUCAGCAUGGCUGUCCUGGCUACCUCAGCUGUAUUCUCAGGGCCAGAAGGACGGCCCUAGCCAUGCUGUAGGGAAGCCAGGCCAACUUUAUGUAAAGCAAGCUGUGUUUCUGGCUUGAUUCUGCCUCCGUAGUGUCCAGGGGUCAUCUUCAGGAGUCCUGUGCUUUCACUGAAUUCUGCAGCUUUACCAGACACACUGAGCUUUGCCAGUUACAUGCAUUGUGGGCCUUGCCAAGGGUUUAUUUCAGGGGCCUUCCUGGGAGUCAUAUGCAACAGCGAGUCUUGUUCUAAGAUAUCAUGUUUCUCUAAUCUUAGGGACAAGCGCCAGCAUGAUGAGCUCAGGACAGCCUCCUGGGGCCCAUUGUACUGGUGUCAAUAAACACGUAUUCAAGACAGCUGAA